ACGAAAGAGAACGAACAAGGCAACAAAUUUUAGAUAAUAUCGUUAUACGUUCGAUAUAUUGAUAAAUAAACCUAAUCCCAAAGAUCGAAAUCGAUUUUCGUCGAUUAUUAUAAUUGAUACAUAUGUGAACGGAGCUAUAUACAGGCUCCAUGCAUAUGUGGAAUUGAAUUAUACUAUUUAAUAUCAUCAUGAAUGCAAUAAAUAUGAACUGGUUAAGCUCAGCCGAGGGUGAAUCUUUAAUGCAUCAUUUUUAUAUUAAUUCAUCAAAGAAGAGACGAUUUUAUGGUAUCUUGGAAAAACCAUCAUUGCCGUCUUCUAUCGAGGAAGUUACUUACAAAAUUUUUAUGAUUGGUAGAUCAGGCGUAGGAAAAACUUCUGUCAUAACACGUUUAGCUGGUUUUCCAGAACCCAAUAAUUAUAUCGAAACUAAUGGUAUCAAAAAAACAAAUGUUUUUUGGCCGGUGAAAAUCUGGGAUAAAGUUAUACUAUUUAAAUUACAAUUUUGGGAUACAUCAGAGAGCAGUAUUAAAAAAUAUAAUCAUAUUUUACCAGCAUGUAAAGAUAAAGUAGAUGCAAUAUGUUCUGUGUUUUCCUUCGAUGAUAUAACGAGUUUUAACGACAUACCUUAUUUGAUAAACACAAUGAGUACAAUCAAAGAAAAACCAGCGAAUAUAGUAAUUGGCACAAAAUUUAAGCCAUGGUCGAAUUCGAUGGUAGAAGAAACUCAAGUUAAAGAAUUCGAAGAUAAGUGGAAGGUGAAGAUUAUUAAAAUUGAUUCAAAUAAAUUAACAAACAGAUCAGAACUCUUUGACUGUUCUUACCAACUUAAUACUAUUUGCAAUAUUUUGUGGAAUAGAGAUAAAGAAUUUAUAUCCAAACAAAUUGUUCAAAGUUGAAAAUUGUUGUUGCUUAUUUUAUAUUUUAUUAUUUAUAAAAUAUUUUAAAUUAACUUUAAUCGAUUGAUUUUGAUUGCUUACAAUACGUCGUUAUAAAUGUUGCUCAUUUAUCAUAAUUUUAAUCAAUUAUUAACUGAUAUGAUAUUAAAUAUAUCGAAAUAAUAAUUUCAAA